AUGGGCAACAUAACCAAGCGAGGAGGGAGCAGCGCUGUGCUGGCGGGCAAAGCCAACACUGCGGCGCUCCAUGCCAGGCUCUACGAAGCCAUCAUGCGUGAAGACUGCCCAGCCAUCAAGGUGCUGCUGAGAGCUCACCCCGUCAACCAGCCCAUCACCGUCCUGGCCAGCUCCACCAGCUACCGGCUGCUCAUGAACCAGCAGACACAGUCUGUCAUCCCCAUCCAUCUGGCUGCCAAAUACUGCAAAGCCCAGAGCUUGCUUGCUUUGCUAGAAAAUGGUGCUGACCCAGAAGUAAGGGACACGAGAGGCUUCACCACCCUUCACCUGAUGCUCCUGCACUGGCCAGUCACUUCUACCAUGUGGACAAAACCAGGGAACAGGAUCCAAAGGAUCCUGACCGACAACCAGAACAACGCUGUGAUGUGUCUCCGCAUUCUGUGUGAACACGGAGCUCGGGUUAACGCACAAGUGGACAACAGCAACAAACAUUCGCCGCUCCACCUGGCCAUAACCUACGGGACCCAUCCGGUUCUCUCCAUCUUGGCCCAAAAUGGUGCCCAAGUCGAUGCUAUCAACGAGUCCAGCAUGACACCCCUUCACAUGGCCGCAGACACACUGAACAAAGAGAUGGUGGAGACGCUAAUUGCCUGUGGAGCGAGUGUUAACUGCGCCAUCUCUUCCACGGGGAGCACGGCCCUUAAGCUGGCAGUGUGCACCGCCUCAGGCAAAGCGGGCAGGCUGCUGGCAGCAGGUGUGAGCUGCAUCCGUCUGCUGCUCAUUCACGGGGCCAAAGUCAAUGCCCAGGACCACGAAGGCCAAGCAGCUAUCCAUGAGGCGUGUUUUGGAGGCAGAGAGGCAAUCAUCAAUCUCCUGCUUGAAUUUGAAGCAAACGUGAAUGUUUUAACAAGAAACGGGGAAUCGCCCAUUUACAUGUACCUUCAGCGUAGUUCCAAUAUAAGAGACUCGGCCCUUCUUGCCAGGCUACUGUGUCACUCCUACCCUUUGAGACUGACCAAUAACCAGGGAAUUCUCCCUGCGGGAAUCAUGCUCCCAGAAUUCUACCGCCUAAGGGAAACUCUCAUAAAGUUGUCUCAAAAACCUUUAUCCCUAGAGGAUAUCUGUAAAAGAAAUAUCAGAAAUCUUUAUGGCGAGAAAUACAAACAGCAAUUGAAACAACUUCUCCCGGUGAAGAUACGGAGUUCUGUGUAUGGCUACUAUGACACAGCUUACCUCUUGAAAUAACCUCAGAGUUUCACGGUGCCACAGAAUUUCAUAAUGUCAGUGC